AUGGAAUAUCUUGAAAAAUUAAAAACUUAUGGUGAUCAAGUAAAAAAUGUUGUUGUUAAAUCUAUGGUUGAUACAGCUCAUGGUGGACAAAAAAUGCUUAAAGAUGUUUUACCAGGCAAUUUAGUUACACGAGAAUUUGAACUUGUUCAACCACUUGGAUCAGCUGGUCCGGGUCUUCUUUGGAGGAUCUAUGGAGCAAUUAAACGUACAACUAAACAAGAGGCAGCUGUAUUUGUUUUACAAAAACGUUUAUUAGAUAAAUAUUCAAAAAAAGAUCGUGAAUUAAUUCUUGAAGCAAUGAAAAAAGGUGUACAACAAUUAGCAAAGAUAAAACAUCCUCGUAUAUUAAGUCUUCAACAUCCAUUAGAAGAAUCACGAGAUAGUCUUGCAUUUGCAACUGAAUCUUGUUUUGCUAGUCUUGCUAAUUGUCUUGGUUGCUAUGAUAAUAUGACUCAACCUAUACCAAAAGAAUUUGAAGAUUAUAAACUUCAUGAUGUUGAAAUUCGUUAUGGUAUUGUUCAGCUUUGUGAAGGAUUAAAAUUUUUACAUAAUGAAGUAAAAUUACUUCAUCGAAAUAUAUCACCUGAAUCAAUUAUAAUUAAUACUAAUGGUGCAUGGAAAAUAGCUGGUUUUGAAUUAUGUAUUCAAGGUUCAGCUGAUGGAGCAACUUAUCCAUUUCGUGAUUAUGAUGGAAAUAUUCCACCUAUACUUAAUCCACAACUUGAUUAUAUGGCACCUGAAUAUGUAACAAAUAAAAGUUAUGAUAGUCAAUCAGAUAUGUUUUCACUUGGUAUGCUUAUAUUUGCAUUAUAUAAUCAUGGUAAAACAUUAUAUGAAUGUCAUGAUAAUUAUUCAUCAUUUACAAAAAUGUGUGAUGAACUUAAAGUACUAAAUACAACAAAAUUAUCUAUUUUACCAAAAGAAGCAUGUGAACAUGUUAAAAUGUUAUUAAGUACAAAACCAGAAUUACGACCAGAUGCUGAACAAUUUUCAAAAGUACCUUUUUUUGAAGAUAUUGCAACAAAAACAUUAGAAUAUCUUGAUUCAUUAUUUCAAGUUGAUAAUAUUCAAAGAUCAAUGUUUUAUAAAAGUCUUCCACAAGUUAUUGAUAAAUUACCAAUGCGUGUCAAUUUACAACGUAUUACUUCAGCAUUAGAACUUGAAUUUAUUGAUUCUGAAAUGGUUCCAUUUGCUCUUCCAAAUAUGUUUCUUAUUGCUGAAAAAGCAAGUAAUGAUGAAUAUCGAAAAUAUAUAUUUCCUAAGCUCAAACAAGUUUUUAAAAUACAAAAACCUCCUCAGGGAAGUGGAGCAUCGGGUUCUAUUAUGCAGACUCUUUUAAUUUUAAUGCGUAAUAUGAAAUUAAUGUUAACAAAAACUCCAUCAGAAGAUAUUAAACAAUAUAUUUUACCUGUUGUUUAUAAUGCACUAGAUGCUGAAUCAUCACAAGUUCAAGAACUUUGUUUAGCAAUUAUACCAUCAUUUGCACAUCUAAUUGAUUUACAAGCAAUGAAAUAUUCUAUAUUACCACGUAUAAAAAAGAUUUGUUUUGAAACAAUAACAUUAAGUGUUCGUGUUAAUUCUUUAAUAUGUCUUGGAAAAUUAGUUGAAUCAUUAGAUAAAUGGAUUAUUAUUGAUGAAGUUUUACCACUUCUUCAAUCUAUACCAUCACGUGAACCAGCUGUACUUAUGGCAAUAUUAGGUAUAAUUAAAGUUGCUAUGUCAUCAACAAAAGCUGGUGGUUUACCACGUGAAAUAAUUGCAACAAAGAUUAUACCAUUUUUAGUACCUAUAUCAAUUGAAACAAGUCUUAAUCUAAAUCAAUUUAAUGCAUAUAUGUCAACAAUUAAAGGUAUGUUACAAACAGUUGAAAUUGAACAACGUAAAAAACUUGAACAACUUUCACAACAAGCAUCAAAUGCACCAAUUGUACCAAUUGGUCCAACAGCAACAACAACAACUGAUUUUCAUUUUGAUCAAAAUUCAUCUUCAAUGAUGGAUCAAUUUAUGACUGGUCAUGGAUUUAAUUCGGAAAUAGCACAAAAUAAAAGUAUAUCACCAAUAUUUGAUAAUAAUCAAUCCAAUGAUAAUAUAAAAUCACAAAAAAUCUCAUCUUCAUUAACAAAUUCAACAGAAAAUUCAUUAGUAAAAAAAACAUUAACAUUAGAAGAAAAAGAACGUAUUAUACGUCAAACUGAACAAACACAACGUAUGAAAUCUCAAGGUGAACUUAUACCUGAACGUAAAACACCAUUAUCAUCAUUGUCAAAUACAAAUUCAAAUGUUCCACUUAUGACAAUGACACCAACAGCAUCAUCAACAACAGCAUCAAAUACAUCUUCAACAUAUUUUAAAGAUUUAACAAGUUCUUUAUUUGAUCCAAAUCCACCAAAACAAUCUUUUUAUGGUAUGUCUAAUUCUCAAACAAUGCCAUCACUUGUACGUCCAACUAUGACAUCACUACCACAACAACAAAUACGGCCAACAUUAAAUUUUUCGUCAUCAACAAAUUCUACUGAUUUAACAUCAAGUCUUUUGAAUAAUAUUAAUUCACUUGCUUCUCGAUCACAAACAACUUCAACAACAAUACCAAUGAAUUCAAUGGCUACAAAAUCAUCAAUGCCUUCGCCUUAUUUUAAUUCAAGUGCAACAAAUACUACAGCUUUAUUUCAACCACCACCUCCACCAGGCUCAACUGUAAUCAAAGGUUCUACUACAUCAUCAAAUAUAACACAUUCGAAAAGUGCAUCCUCUGAACUUGAUGAUCUUUUUAAUUGA